AUGGACUUUGCAGGCGGCUCAUUAAAACUAAAGAAUGUCAAGAAAAAGCCGUUGAAAAAGAAAAAGAAAAGCUCUAAAAAACUUAGCGAAAAAGCUGAUCAAUAUAUGGCAGCUGAAGACGAUGAUUCCAAGAAGAAAAAUCCAUCAGACUAUCAAAUGCUACGAGUUUCAGAAUCCCAAGAUGAAGCAAGGGAUUCGACGGAAGCUGAACGACAAUUCGAAGCUAUUCAGGAGAAGCGGCUUCUGGAAAAAGCCCAAAAGGAGCGAUUCAAGACUCAUAAAGACAGAGUGGAUGAUUACAAUCGACUAUUGGGGAAUCAGUCAGAACACUUUGAAAUGCCAAAGAUUGGCCCAGGCUAA